CAUGGUACAUCGACAUCGUCAACUAGGAGUUUGACUGGUAGUAAUAACAGCAUACGUGAGAGAGGUUCACCGAGUAUCUGGAGUAUGCAGUCUGGUAUUCGACGUGGAAUGUUGGAUCCAAUGUUGAGAAGGCUGAGAAUAACUAUACCACAACGAAUGGAAAUAAUGCAAAGCGAAAUAAUCGAAGUUAAAAAUAAAUUAUUGUUACUCGAACGAUCCGGGAAAAAGGAAAAAAAUAAAUUAAGUGCAGAAAUCGAAGGAUUGGAAAUAUGUAUUCGUGAGAUCAAAGAUACGAAGAAUAGAUUUGAAAGAGACAUCGUUAUCGGAGGAGUCGAUCGUAUUACUGGCAAAAUACCAGCCGAAACUGUUAUCAAGUUUAUCAAGGAUUGGUUGAAAAUGAUCGAAAAAACGGUGGAGAAAAUUAGAUUGAAAAAUACCAUGACAAAAUUACAAAUAAUAAAAGCGAAAAAACAAUUGAUUCAAAGAGAACAGCUUGGUGAAGAUCUUCGUCCUGUUGAUUUCGAUCAAUUAAAAAUACUACGUGACGAUUACAAAAGAAAAAUCAAACAGAGUGCGGUAUAUAUACUUCAGAUAAAAAAAGUUAUAGGCCAUUAUAAUACGGCAUUGACUAAACACAAACGAAGACUGGCAUAUCUUACAUCUGAAUUCAAUUCGAUUGCAAGAGAAAUUAAUUCUAACAAACUUCAAGCGAAAGAUUUGGAAUCGAAAUGUUUAAUGAACGAAAUUGAAAUAAAACAUGCUGAAGAACAAGUGAAAUCAAUGAAGACAUUGAUGGAAGAAUAUGAAGUGCCAACAAUAUUAGAUUUCAUCAAAUUAAAAAUGGAGAUUCGUACUUUACAAAAGACAUUCACUUAUUUGAAAAGACGUGCAAAUAUUGAACAAACAAAUUCAACUAAGUAUUAAGCGAAAAAAAAAAUAAAGUAAUAAAAAAAAUAAAAAAUAAAAAAAAAGAAGAAGAAGAAAAAAAUAAUGAUCCAUCCACACGUAUAUAAAAUUAUUCGUAUUUCAAGGCUAAAAAUAUUAUUUUAUGAAGAUCAAAGGAUACGAUAGCGUAUGAAUAAUAAGAUAUAAUUAAUGGUUUCGUACAAAAGAAAUAUGAUCGUUUUGAUGUAUCAUGAAAAAAUAAAAAGAAAUGAAUUAAAAAAAGAACAAGAAGACAUAGGAAAAAGAAAAAAAAAAAAAGAAUUAAAAAGAAAAGAAAAAAGAUCCAUUUGGUAAUUAUAUAAACGAAAUCAAGCAAAAGUUCAUUAAUCAAUGCGACAAACGUCUUACGAAUUGUGACAUAAAAAAUGUCCUUGCACGUUCCUUUACAGAAAAAAAAAAAGAAAAGAAAAAGAGAGAGAGAGAGAAAAAGUACGAAGAACGUGAUUAUGUUCUUAGAAAGAGAGAGAAAGAGAGUAAUUAUCUUACGGUUAUGUCGUCACAGAUUACGCCACUGGAUAAUUACAAAGUUACGGUACGUCUUCGGAACGCAAAACAAGCUCGACAUUUAUCAAUUAUACUUUCGAUUUGGAACAACCAUAGAAAUAAAUAAUCCCAAUCGAAUUUAACGUACGCUAAAAAAAAAAAAAAAAAAAAAAAAGAAAUAAAAAUAUUCAUCGCA